AUGGACCAUUCCGCCCUCAUCUGUCUCGCCACCGAGACCGCCGAUGUUGCUUGCAACCUUGCAGUCGAGCUGCCUCAACGCGGAUUACCCGAAUCUUCAUUCGAACACGGCCUACCUAGUCCCUUUCAGAGUGAUUCACCCGACUCUGGUGCGUUCGCGGCGCGUGUGAAACUACUUGGUCUGCUGGACGAGUUCCACAACCUGCUAACUGAACCAGUCCUACUAAGCAGCCCAGAGCUAGGAACCACCGUACAAGUCCUAGCCUACCAGCUAAAUCUAAACCAGAAUAUAGUCUGCAGACUCCUCGCCCACGCCGCCACCUACCAUAUAUCCUUCCAAUCCGGACCCGACUUCUUCAACCACACAGCGGACUCUCCCGUUCUCACCAAGAACGAGGCGGCUGGAGCCUCCAAAACACCCCCAACUCCCCACCUUCCAAGCUCUCUCCACAAUCCCUACAGCGUCACAUCCUUCACAAAAUCAAUGACCUACCACACCCACCUCUCAGGCUACUCCCCUAACUAUCUAGUGAACAACUUCCCUUGGCCCCUCAACGAAAGUAAAACAACCAUAAUCGGCAUAGGCGGCGGAACGGACCACAUCGCGCGCGCCCUGGUAUCGCACAGCCCCAAUAUAAAAUGCAUAGUUCAAGACCGCGCCGAGGUCAUCGCUCAAGCCGAGGCUACCCUCCCGCCGGACCUGCGCGAACGGCCUGUUCACGGCGCGGAUGUGUAUUUGCUGAGGUAUGCGCUGAUCCUGGCGUUGAAGGCUGGGGCGAAGGUAGUUAUUAAUGAGAGGAGGGGUGUGAAUGAGAGGUUUGAGAUGGUGCGAGUUUCUAGGCCUGAGAGAUCGUAUUUGGCAGCCAUUUGGAUUAUUUGGAAGGGGUAG